GGGCAAUCUGACGAUCGGCAGUGAGUGCAUAUAAUGGCUUGAAUGGAUACAGCCCAUUCCUUCAACGACUCCUGUCAGACCUGCCCUACCGGCCUCAACUGCGCACAGCUGAGCCAACGUCAGCCAGCGAGCACACUGUCUAGGUGCCUAUCACCUAUAGGCGACGGUGUAGCACCCUCUCUGGAUGCUCAGCCAUCUGUCUGUGUCACCACUAACCCUUCCGAGGCUUGGACCCAACGCCACCUCUCCACUACUGCUCCUUCCUUGGCCGAUUCGCACAACAGACCCCAGUCUGGGCAGUCCUCGGUCAAGCCAACGGCCGUGACAUGUCUGGUCGUGCCGUCCCUCUCGUCAGCUUGCAGGCGCAACCGACCGCCACGGCGAUGAGGCGACUAGGAAACUGCACCGGGCGUCCGCCCAGCCUUGCCUGGCCCCUGCAUGCAACCCUCCAUUGGUCAUCGUGGGCGCUUAUGAUAUCUGGCUGCCUUCCCACGUUACUCGGGCACACGCCGAUGUGUCUCUCGGGGCUGGUAUAUAAGCCACGUACCUAGAGCCCGCUCCUACUCCAGACUCACUCAGUCAGUUGCCCAUCAGUCUGUCUAUAUUCGCAUAUAGGCCCAGCUCAGCAGCCGCCAGCACAGAACAGCGCAACACAAAAGAACACUUUGGCGAGCCGAGGCCAACCCCAACCCUGUCCACUUUAGCAGUACAGCCUGCCCAAGAUGCUUGAUACAACCCUCCCCGCGGCUGGUAGGAAGCGCCUCGUGGUCUGUUGCGAUGGCACCUGGAUGAACUCGGACUCGGGCUACGACAAGAGGAGUCAGUCGCUGCAGACCCCGUCCAACGUCACCCGCCUCUCGCGCGCCCUCAAGCGCCACUGCAAGGACGGCAGGGUCCAGAUCAUCGAGUAUCAAAACGGCGUCGGCACCGGCAGCACCGUAGCCGACGUCAUAACCGGCGGUGCCUUUGGCAAGGGCAUUGCCGAGCACGUCAGGGAGGCGUACUCGUUCAUAUGCGCCAACUACGAGGACGGCGACGAGAUCAUACUCGUCGGCUUCUCCAGGGGCGCCUUCACCGCCCGAAGCAUCGCCGGCAUGAUCGGGGACCUGGGCCUGCUGACCCGCAAGGGCAUGGAGUUCUUCUACCCCAUCUUCAAGGACAUGCAGAACUGGCGCACUCCGGGCUACAGGGAUCCGUUCCCGAGGAUGCCGUUCGAGAACAAGCCCAGAGGAGAAAAUGCCGAGGAGACGUACAGGGAGAUGCUUCUAUCGAAGGGCCUUACUCGAGUGCACGAAAACGGUGGUAAUGGGCCCUUGAUCAGGGUGAAGGCUGUCGCCGUCUGGGACACCGUUGGCUCGCUGGGCGUCCCAAGGACGUCGUGGUUAGAGAAGCUCGGGAUCCGCCACGUAACGCGCGAGUACAGAUUCUACGACACCAACCUGUCGGACCGCAUCGGCCAUGCCUUCCAGGCCCUGGCCCUGGACGAGCAUCGGCCGCCGUUCGCGCCCACCGUCUGGGAGCGCAAGGCCGAGAACAAGCUCACCACGGACCUCCGCCAGGUCUGGUUCCCUGGAAACCACGGCAACGUGGGAGGCGGCUGGUCCGACGAGGGCAUCGCAAACAUGUCGCUCGCGUGGAUGAUGGACCAGCUGGCCUCGGUCGACGUCGAGUUCGACGAGGCAACCAUCGACCGCAUCUUCACCAGGACACGCCAGUUCUACAGCGAGCUGGCCGGCGUCGACCCCAACGCCGAUCGCAGGCUCCUCGACAUUAAGGGCCUCAUGAGCAAGCUCUUCAGCGGCCGCGCCCUCCCCUGGGCCGUGGGGCCCAUCUACGAGACGAACGCCCCAGUCCGGCCCUGGGGGCUCGGCGCAAUCCUCCAGGCCGGGGGCUGGCUGUACAAGCUCGCGGGCCACGACAUACGCACCCCGGGAAUGUACCACAAGGUCGACUCCCUGUACGGCCGCAAGCUGCCCGCGUACCUCGAGGACACCAACGAGCGGAUCCACAGCUCGGUGCGCGUCCGCCUGGCCGUCAAGGGCCUCGGGCUCAACGACCAGGAUCACUGGGACGCCCCCGCCCUCCUGGGCAACUGGCGCCUCGCCAAGACGGACGAGCAGAUCGACGACCCCAUCCCCAGGGGCUCCAAGCUCUGGGGCCACUGGCAGACCACAAACGGCGUCGCGCCCAAGCGCCGCUCCACCGCCCCGGAGCCCCCGGUCUCGACCCUGGCCGAGGACGGCACCCUGCUGUCGCCGCCGGGCCACGACGACAAUGACGGCGGCAACAAAGGCACCGCCUCGCCUAGUGCCGAUGGCAGCCGCUGGAUCUGGGAGUACUGCGGGCCCAAGGACAAGGCGCCCCCGGAGCGCAUCAUGGUCGAGGAGCCGCUGGGCCCGUACGAGCGGCAUCUUCUCAAGCUGUCGGGCGGCGAACCCAACAUCUACGUCUUUGCCGAGGAGAGCUCGGCGGAGGCGCGGUAGAAGUAGCCCUUGGGGGCAGGGUAUAGAUUGUCUUGCUGUUGUUUUCUCCACAGCAUUGUAUCGUUUGUUGUAUUUCUUAUUCUGGUGGGUUGGUCUCGGGGGCUCCGUUUUUCGUCCUUGCUCCCUAUAUGGCUAGAUUGGUACCCAUGCUUGGACAUGGGCUUACUUCUCAUCACUAUUGUAAUCGUAAUCACCUCUUCAAGGGACAUACAUAUCAUACAUGCUAUGAAUAUCGAACCGGC